UCCAGCGCUAUCGAAAGACUUGACAACUCGAAAUUCAAAACAUAAACAGUGAGAGCUAACUCCGCAGGGAAAAUCUAUCUAGGAUUGCAUGAAUUCAAUUUCUUGUUAAAGUAUUUCAUGGAGGAUCAUUAAAGAUGGAACUGAAUUCUUCAAUGCAAGUUCUCGUCAUUCAAACUGGAGGAACGAUUGACAAGGAUUAUCCAAAGAGAAAAGGUGGUUAUGCAUUUGAGAUUGGCAAGAGUGCAGCCAGGGGCAUCAUAGAACAGCACAAUGUUCCUCUGAGAUUCAGAUAUGAGACUGUUUGUCAGAAAGACAGCCAGGACAUCACUGACGAGGACAGGUUGAAGCUUCUGACGGUGUGUAAUGACUGCAGCGAGAAGCUCAUCCUAAUCACCCACGGAACGGACAACCUCCUGACCACGGCAGCAUUCCUAGGCCACCAGAACCUACCAAAGAGGAUCAUCCUCACCGGUGCUUUUCUCCCGGAGAAAUUCAAAGACUCUGAUGCUGCUUUCAAUGUGGGCGUGGCCUUGGGUGCCCUCCAGUGCCUGUCUUCCAAUGGUAUCUACGUUGCAAUGAAUGGCUUGGUGUUGCCAUGGAGACAAGCGAUGCGGGAUCCGGAUACUGGGCAGUAUGUGCCCAAGUAGUGAAUGCUGUUACCUCUGGACUGGGGUGAAUAGCCUUCCUGUUAGUUAAGGUUCGUUCACAUACGACGUGAUGAAUCAUAGCGCUUAUUACGAUGACAUAUUGUGUAAUGUGCUCAACACGUCUGUAUCUCAUAACACACAGAUACAUGUAAGUGAGUAUGCUUUGCUGCACACAGGUACUUGUUUCAUUCCCACCUGCCAUGCACUUACACUUACAAGAAUGGUGUGGUUUCCUCUGUCAUUUGUGAACGAGCCUUUAUGCAGUCAGAUUCAGUGCAAUAAAGUGAUGUGAGCGGAAAGCCUUAAGAGAGCAUCAACCGGAAUUUCUGACUCAAGCAUCAAAUAUUGUUAUCUUCUAGAGAUGCAAGUUUCUUGAAGAACAUCUAUCCUUAACAUAAUAGUUAUCUGAUAAUCAAGAAUCGGUACAAUUAGUAAAAGACAGAUGGAUCUAACUUUUUGUUGCAUUUGUAGUUAAAGUCAAAGAUUAGAUUAGGCUGUAUGAAAUUGUAGUAAUCAACUCAGGGAUGAAAUCAAAAUAAAUGUGUCAAUCAUAAAUCAUGAUCUA